AUGGACAAAUACCAUCUCUCGAGACAUCUCCCUGAUGACGAUGAUCUCCCUCCACCAUACUCGCCCUCCGCCUCUGACGACCUCGGUGCUAAGUCCGACCGCAAAGACUAUGACUACAAAUCCCCCGCCAGGGAACUCGGCACGGACGGCCAGAUCCUCACCGAGAUCCUCGACAAUGUGAGGUCACUCCUCUCCUCGGUCGAAAAGAUGUCCCCUCCGCCGAUUCUGCUUGAGUCCACCUUUGUGCCUGCCGCGGCGCUCGGGCCUGAAUGGGUCCCCAGCGACCCGGGCGAGAAGUCGAGGCGGGAAGUCAAGAGGAUGUUCAGAAUCGGGGAGCAAAUAGACUACAGCGACAAGAAAAAGAGCUCUUCAUCUGGCAACGACUCCCGGAGUGACUACGCAUCAUAUUCAGACCGAUCGAGAGGCAAGGGCACGGGAUUCGCAGACUGGGGAAGAUUCGACGAUGACCCCACCGACGAUGAUGCGGGAGGGUCUGCGCUUUGGUGGUCGGACGAAUACAUGGCAGAGCGUCUCGCCAACGAGCUGCAGCCUCCGGUCGCAAAUCCUGCAAAGUCUGCCUCGAGCCGUCCGCCUCCGCGAAAGGACAGCACUAAUAUGGUUCGUGCAUUUCUGCAGAGCUUCUCCGACCCGUCGCGAGUUUGGCCGCCGCGGCAUCCACCCUCGGCCGGAUCGACCUCGCGGGCCGUUCCAAUAGAUGAAGGCAUCCCUAUAAUGACGGCGCGGGCGGAGGAGACGACGUUUCGACGGGAGAACGAGAUGGGACUAUGGGAGAGUAAGACGGGCUGGGCUAUAGUUGUGCGCAUUCGGUCUCGAUUUUAG